CGAAAUAAUUUAUUGGGCCGAUUCGUAUGACCAGUCGAUAAAACGUUCGUACAUGGUGGACGCUAAGAGUGGACAAGUCAAAGUGGGGUACCCGCAAGAUCUAGAAAUCAAAGGACCGUAUAAGCCUGUGGCGGUUGCCAUAGACUGGAUGGGUGACAAUCUUUAUUGGGCCGAAGUUGACUUAUCGAAAGAGGAUAAACCAGCUGGGCGAAUAAUGGUCGCUAAACAAGAUGGAAGGUAUAGAAGAUCGAUUGUUAGCAGUGGAUUGGACACGCCUUCCUCUCUGGUUUUGGAUCCUGAAAUGGGUAAAAUGUUCUGGGCGGAUGUUGGAGAAACUCCUAAAAUCGAAAUGUCUUGGAUGGACGGAUCCAGAAAAAUGCCGUUGGUGACGACAAGACUGCACUACCCCACAGGACUGACCGUAGACACAGCUAUGGACCAUUCUUUGUAUUGGGUGGAUACCAAGCUCAAUGUCAUCGAGUCAAUUAAAUACGAUCAAACUAACAGAGUUGUCGUGAUACGUGGAGAGCAUCUACAUCAUCCUAUAUCGUUGGAUCUAUUCGAAAAUCAACUUUACUGGUUGUCUAGAGAAACAGGUGAAUUAAUUAAGCAAGAUAAGUUUGGUCGUGGCGUUCCAGUCACCAUUGCUAAGGACUUGGUGAAUCCGACUGGUGUCAAAGUUUACCAUCGGCAAAGAUACAAUUAUACGAGGCCAAAUAUGUGUCAAUCGGCCGGAUGUUCUCAUCUUUGUCUAUUGGUACCCGCGGGUGUUUAUUGUGCAUGUCCAGACCACACUCAUGUACAGCAAGGUGUCAGUGAAAAAAUUUGUGAUGCUG